AGUAAAGACCAUUGGCUGCGUGCGGUUUCCGGCUGCUGCUCGCCCCGCAGUUCGCUCCACCGUCCGCGAGUUUUCUUUGCUGCGCACCCAGCGAUGUCGGCCUGCACCCGCGUGGCGCUGGUGACCGGAGGCAACAAGGGCAUCGGCUUCGCCAUCACCCGCGAGCUCUGCCGGCGGUUCCCAGGAGACGUGGUGCUCACGGCGCGGGACGAAGCGCGGGGCCGGGCGGCGGUGCAGCAGCUGCAGGCCGAGGGGCUGAGCCCGCGCUUCCACCAGCUGGACAUCGACGACCUACAGAGCAUCCGCGCCCUGCGCGACUUCCUGCGCAAGGAGUAUGGGGGACUCGACGUGCUGGUCAACAACGCGGGCAUCGCCUUCAAGAUGGCAGAUCCCACACCUUUUCAUAUUCAAGCAGAAGUAACAAUGAAAACAAACUUCUUUGGUACCCGGGAUGUCAGCACGGAGCUGCUUCCUCUAAUAAGACCCCAAGGCAGAGUCGUGAACGUGUCUAGCAUGGUGAGUCUCUCGGCCCUUAAACGCUGCAGCCCAGAGCUGCAGCAGAAGUUUCGAAGUGAGACCAUCACCGAGGAGGAGCUGGUGGGGCUCAUGAACAAGUUCGUGGAAGACACAAAGAAUAAAGUGCAUGAGAAGGAAGGCUGGCCCAACACUGCCUAUGGGGUGUCCAAGAUCGGCGUCACGGUUCUGUCCCGAAUCCACGCCCGGAAACUGAGUGAGGAAAGGAGAGGGGACAAGGUCCUGCUGAAUGCCUGCUGUCCAGGGUGGGUGAGAACUGACAUGGCGGGGCCCAAGGCCACCAAAAGCCCGGAAGAAGGAGCUGAGACCCCUGUGUACUUGGCCCUUCUGCCCACUGAUGCCGAUGGGCCACACGGACAGUUCGUUCAGGAAAAGAGUUGAGCAGUGGUGAGCUCACCUCACACCUCCACACAUGGUUGCUGUUUCAUCCCAUAGCUGAUAGGACAGAAAAGACAUUUAUGUUGUCCUAUUUAACAGCAACAACAAACCAUCUCACUCAGAUAUUCAGCACUAACCUAGUGGAAUAGGCUAUGCACCAAGAGGAUGCUAAUUCUUCUUUUUUUUUUUUUUUUAAAUUUUAUUUAAGGAGAAAAAGAAAAAAAGCAGAGAAAGGGUACAAGUUAUACAGAUUUACAGAAAAAAAUAAACAGUAGGAAAUCACGAUGCUAAUUCUUUAAUGGCUUCUGACACCCUCUUUGACUUACCAAAAGAAAAGCUAAAAAUAUGAAUAAAAUAAUUUCUGAAUAAAUGGCUCUUUAUGAA